CCGGUUCCGGGUCCGGGGACUUGUUGAUCGCGCACGGCGCGGCGACGUGCGCGAUAUAAAAAGCAAGCGCGCGCGCCGCCAUUGACAAAGGAGCAACCCAGGCCUGUUCCGAGCUGCCAUUGCCAACCCAACAACCCACUCGCCUCCCUCGGCUCACCAGUCACCGCCACGGGCGCCGCGCGAAGGGAAGGAAGCAGCGCGGAAGAGAAUCGGAGGAGCCGCCUGCACCUGCAGUUGAAAACGGGACGGGGCGGGGGGGAUCGCAGCAGCGGCCUUCUGUUCUGUUGGGGCCGGCUUAAUUUGCAGAAGCUUUCUCAGUACUGGACUACCGGUGCUAUUUGUUGGUUCCGGGCCGGCGGAAGGGAAGGGUCGAAGGGGGAGGAAGCGAGGGCGUCCGCCGUUUGCUCGCCUGCUCUCGAGUCUCGAGUGCCUGUGCUUCUUCUCCCCUGCCGGACAAGCCGUUUCGUCCCUUCUCCGCUGAUUGAUUGCUGCGCGCCUGCGCCUGCGCCUGCUGCUGGAGCUCGACCGAGAGGCGCUGGUGGAUUCGUCCAGGGAGCUGCAGGGUGCUCGGCCGUAGCUCCACUCCAAGGCCGGCGGUUCCUUGGGCUUUGUUGUUGCCCCUGCCCAGACUACUGCUGGGAUGACAACUUGACAGGUUGCUGCCAAUAGAUCUCCUGUUCAGACAUGGCCAACCUUGGAGGCAUGCUGUAUGCAGUGAUCCUGCUUGUUCUGUGCACGUGCUAUGUGGAUGUCACGAGGGGACAGACAACUGACCCUACUGAAGUGAGCGCUCUCAAGGCAAUCAAAAGCAGUCUGGUCGAUCCUUCUAAUAAGCUUAAGAAUUGGGGCAGCGGGGAUCCAUGCACAUCCAAUUGGACAGGAAUCAUCUGUAACAAGAUACCAAGCGAUUCAUAUCUUCAUGUAACAGAGAUACAGUUGUUUAAGAUGAAUCUUUCUGGAACUUUGGCACCAGAGAUUGGUCUCCUAUCCCAGUUGAAACAAUUGGACUUCAUGUGGAACAAUUUAACUGGUAACAUCCCAAAAGAAGUUGGAAAUAUCACAACACUGAAGCUCAUAACUUUGAAUGGUAACCUGUUAUCUGGUUCUUUGCCUGAGGAGAUCGGUUAUCUGAAGAACUUAAACAGAUUACAAAUAGACGAGAACAACAUAUCAGGCCCCAUACCUAAAUCAUUUGCUAACUUAACAAGCAUUAAACAUCUUCACAUGAAUAAUAACUCAUUAAGUGGGCAAAUCCCAUCUGAGUUGUCCGGCUUGCCUGCACUCCUUCAUCUCCUUGUUGAUAACAAUAAUUUAUCUGGGCCUCUUCCACCAGAAUUAGCAGAUACGCGUAGUUUGGAAAUACUUCAGGCUGAUAAUAACAACUUCAGUGGAAACUCCAUCCCUGCUGAAUACAGCAACAUACGGACACUUGUAAAGCUGAGUCUAAGGAACUGCAGUUUGCAAGGAGCUGUUCCAGAUUUGAGUGCCAUACGUAACUUUGGCUACUUGGAUCUUAGCUGGAACCAGUUGAACGGAUCUAUACCGACUAAUAGGCUUGCUUCAAAUAUCACUACAAUUGAUUUAUCACAUAACUUUCUUCAAGGAACUAUUCCAUCAACCUUCUCAGGGCUACCUAAUCUUCAGUUCUUGUCAGUCCAUGGGAACCUCAUAAAUGGCUCUGUUCCACCGACAAUUUGGAGUAACAUUACUUUUACGGAAAAUAGAACCCUUGUUCUGGACUUCCAAAAUAACUCCCUUGACGCUAUUCCAUCUGCAUUUGAGCCUCCAGAAGCUGUCACGGUUCUACUUUAUGGAAACCCUGUAUGUACGACAUCUAAUGCAGCACGAGCAGCUAAUCUUUGCCAACCUACUUCUGUAAAUGAAACAACAUCUGGAGAGGGAAAGCAAGUUAGUACGACGUGUACUCCUUGCCCAACAGAUCAUGAAUACAAUCCAGCAUCCCCUAUACCUUGCUUAUGUGCUGUGCCUCUGGGAGUUGGAUUUCGAUUGAAGAGUCCAGCAAUAUCAGACUUCCUACCGUAUAAAGAAGCCUUUGAGAACGACUUAACCUCUCUGCUGGAAUUACGUGUUUAUCAGCUAUACAUUGAACGAUACAUAAGGGAGCCCGGACCAAGGGUGAAUACGCAUUUAAAGUUAUUCCCAAAUAAUACGAAUUUAUUCAAUAUGGCUGAGGUGCUGCGGCUCAGGGAAGUACUUGCUGGAUGGCAGAUCACUCUACAAGAUGAGUUUGGUCCAUAUGAGCUUCUCAAUUUCACACUUGGUCCCUAUGCAGAUGAACUUCCUACUACGGCGUCAUCAGGUUUAAAAGGUGGUGCACUUGCUGGGAUUUUGGUAGGGACAAUUGUUGCUGCCAUUGCAGUAUCUGUGUUUUCUACAGUUUUUAUAAUGAAAAGGCGCAGAAAACAACGGACAAUUUCAAGACGGUCAUUACUUUCAAGGUUUUCUGUCAAGGUCGAUGGCGUGAAAUGCUUCACAUUUGACGAAAUGGCUGCGGCAACAAGGGAUUUCGAUAUGUCAGCUCAAGUUGGCCAAGGAGGUUAUGGAAAAGUUUACAGAGGAAAUUUAGCUGAUGGAACAGCUGUGGCAAUCAAACGCGCGCAUGAAGAUUCUCUGCAAGGUUCAAAGGAGUUCUGCACAGAAAUAGAAUUGUUGUCAAGAUUACAUCAUCGUAAUUUGGUUUCUCUUGUUGGCUAUUGUGAUGAAGAAGACGAGCAGAUGCUGGUGUAUGAGUUCAUGCCCAAUGGUACCCUACGUGAUCAUCUUUCUGCUAAGACUGAAAGACCUCUGAGUUUUGGUCAGAGGGUCCAUAUUGCGCUUGGUGCUGCAAAAGGAAUUCUAUAUCUACAUACCGAGGCAAAUCCUCCUAUAUUUCACCGUGACGUUAAAGCCAGCAAUAUUCUUCUAGAUUCCAAGUUUGUAGCAAAGGUGGCUGACUUUGGUCUUUCGAGGCUUGCUCCAGUGCCUGAUAUUGAAGGGACUUUGCCAGCUCAUAUCUCCACUGUUGUUAAGGGCACCCCAGGCUAUCUCGAUCCAGAAUAUUUCCUGACUCAUAAACUGACGGAAAGAAGUGACGUCUAUAGCCUAGGUGUUGUUUUUCUUGAACUAUUGACUGGAAUGAAGCCAAUCCAGCAUGGUAAAAACAUUGUUAGAGAGGUAAACAUCGCUUACCACUCAGGUGAUGUUUCUGGGAUCAUCGACAGCCGGAUGUCCUCAUACCCUCCGGAAUGUGUGAAGAGGUUCCUCUCCCUCGCAAUAAGAUGCUGCCAGGACGAGACCGAAGCGAGGCCCUACAUGGCCGACAUUGUUAGAGAGCUCGAGACCAUCCGGAGCAUGCUGCCCGAGGGGGAGGACGUCCUGUCCUCGACCUCAGGGUCGGGCUUGCUGAUGAAGUCCAUGUCAUCGUCCUCGACCACCACCACCACCGGGGCCCUCUACGUGUCAUCGCAUAUUUCCGGCAGUGGUCAGGCGGACAGUGGCAUCCCCUCCGGGAUGGUGGCUCCGCGGUAGCAUUGAUGGCGCCGUAGAUGGUUUUGUAGACACCUGCCGAGCGACAGUGAUCUGUACUGAACUUAGCUUUGUAAGUAGUGAUAGGAGUAGCUGUGGGGUGGUCCGGUGGUGUUCCUUCCCUUACCUGCAGGUGAGGAGUUGUUCUGUACAUGAGUUUGUUGUGAAGUGUGCUGGAGCCUGCUGGGAUCAGGGUGUGAUGUAAUAGUGGCAUUGGUAAAGAAUACAGAUGAGGGGGUAUAUACUGAGUUACUGACGCAAUUCAUCAGAAACACUGACGCGGAUGGCAACCAACUCCCGUGUUGGUCUCGUUGCGGUGUUUGGUCGAACGCCUUCCGCGCAUGCCCCGCCGGCGGCCUCCCAUCGUCAAGCGUCGGAAGAACUGACCAGUUUGGGCGGGCCAGUGUCGGAGCCCAGGUUGGGUGGCGACUGCCGACUGGCAAACUAACCAGAAGGGAGCACAUGGUCAUGGAAGAGGAGGCGCAGCGGCGGGGACAUGUGAAUCGGGACGCUGGCGCGCCGUUUUGGCUGUUUGGUGUGUGUGGACGAGCUCGACAGGCUCGAUGAGUCAAGCGGCAGUCACCGAGGCAGGCAGACGCAUCUUUCCGCGCCUGCGUCGGAAAAACGACAGAAACAACGGCGUGUCGUCGAUGAUGAACGCAGCGGAUACGGACGACGGAUCCCCGAUGAUGUGAAUGUGCGGAAAACUCAGGGCUAACAAGCAGUUGGGCAGACAGGGCAGGGCAGCUGGUUUGCUAGGAGGCAUCGCUGUCCACGUCUUUAUGCAAUAUUGUAAAAGCAAGCAAGAAAUGGUUUCACACACACGAAGGUUUAACCACAAACUGCUGCUGCUGCUGCAUAGGACUGGUCUCGUGCUAAAUUUGCAAAUCUGGAGAAUUACAUGCUGAUAAUUUAGCGUAUAUAGAC